ACGCGCCUGCAUUGGGGGACUUGGAGACGGUGGGUGUUCAUAUCGGGGCACCAAUGAUGGCGGAGAAGGUGCGACGAGCGGAGGAGCACAGAGCCGCCGGAGCGGGCGGAGUUGAGGGUAUUGGGGGUAUGGCGGAGGAGGCAGGUGGAGCAGUGGAGAUAAGGUUGUCGUCCACGUUGAUGGCGACGUCGCGGCCAGUUCGACCAUGGGUCCAGGGGUUUGGUCUUGGGGUGGCGGCAUCUUUUGAGGUACCACCAGUCAGAGUCGUGGAUUUAGGAUCAGAGCCACUGCUUCAGACACCGGUUAGUGGGCCGCGAGCUCCUCACGAUACAUUGCAGCCAUUGGAUGCGGCGGAGCUCGCUCGGGCUGCUGUGCGUGACGUCACACGGCAGGAGGACACCAACCGUAGCAGGCCACUCAUGCCGCCUCCUCCGUCGAGAGGACGUCACAACGAUUCCCCCUUGACACUAGUACGUCCACCCCCACGCUUACCAUCCAUGCACAACAGACCCAGGUUUCGUGACACGACGGCCGUAGGGAGCCUCCCUCUUGACACGUCGCUAUUCAGGAGGACAGAUAUAGACCUAGACUCCACACGUCGGGUCACAGUGCACACUGCACGACGGCAACUAGGUUUGGCCGGGGUUGACACCGGGAGGGGUGCGACGAGGGAGGUUAUGGCGGCAGUAUCUCAGUCGAGACAUGUUCGUGGGGGUGGAGAGGCGGGGUCUACCUUGGCGCCCGCUUUAGCAGCAGCAGCACGUGCAGUGCGUGACCAGACUCUUUGCAGGAGCGGAGCACCUCGUCCGUGUCCCAUGCCUGCAGCGGAGGGUGCCGCAUUGGGGGAGUCUUUUGGAGCCGAGGGGUUGGGGAUGCCACGAGGUUCGGGUCGUGAGAGGACAGUCGCAGAGGUGACACAGGUGAGUGCAAGGAUUGUUCGGGUGAGAACGGGGACUGACCCUGUGACCGUGGUGGAGGACGCUCCGGAGACGGAGCCGGCGCUUGAGGAGGUCCCAGAGGAGGAUGACGAGUACAGGGACGACAAGGACAGUGUGGAGGAGGAGAGCGACAACGGGGAUGACGACAAAUACGACGACGAUGACGAGCCCUCCCCUCCACCACGGCGUGGCUCUGGCUGCGGAGUGGUGGGGGCUUGCAGUGGGGUUCCGGGGUUCAGUGAGACAGGGGGUGUUUCGGCGGUGAGCAGCAGAAGAAGCAGCAGCAGCAGAAGAAGCAGCAGAAAAGAAAUAGAAGAAGCAGAAGCAGAAGAAGCAGAAGCAGCAGCAGCAGGAGAAGCAGCAGCAGCAGCAGAAGUAGCAGCAGCAGAAGCAGCAGCAGAAGAAGAAGAAGCAGCAGAAGAAGCAGCAGCAGAAGAAGGUUCAACAAGCAGCAGAAGAAGAAGGUUCGAGAAGCAGCAGAAGAAGAAGGUUCGAGAAGCAGCCGCAGAAGAACCAACAGCAGAAGAGGACAAGGAAGAAGAGGACGAAGAGGAGGAGAACGAGGAGGAGGAGGACGAGGAAGAGAAAGAAGAAAAAGAAGAAGAAGGAGAAGAAGGAGAAGGAGGAGAAGGAGAAGGAGAAGGAGGAGGAGGAGAAGGAGGAGGAAGAGGAGGAGGCGGAGGAGGUGGACGUGGAGGAGGAGGAGCAGUAGAAGAAGAAGGAAAGGGGGAGGAAGAAAUAGAGGAAUAGGUAGAAGAAGAAAAGAAAUACUAAGGAAAGAGAAGAAAGGAGAGGAAAGGGAGAAACACAUGGAAAGGAUAAAUGUUGGCCGCAAUC